AUGUCGCGUCAAUAUUGUUUAAUUUGUGCAAGUGAUGAAGGAAUUUUUCUUGAUAUUUAUAUCGAGGGUAAAAAUUAUCGCGAGAAUAUUGAAAAAUGCUUAUCGAUAAAGAUAAAAAAAGGGACCAUUCAAUCUACUAAGAUAUGCCAUAAAUGUGCAUAUGAAAUAGAUCAGUGUUCUAAAUUUGUUGAUAAGUACAAAACAUCACGGAGCUUAGCUAAAAAAACUCUAAAAAGGCGUGGAGUUUGUAAUUUAUGUAUGGAAGUUGGUCCAAAAGGCUUAAUUUUUUCACUUGAUCAUGACGAUGAUGGUGAUAAUGAUGAUGAUAAUACAUUAGAAAAUUCAAAGAAAAAAUUACAUUCUAUAUUUAAUGAAGACUUUAUCACGGAUGAGAUGACUAAUAUUUCAAUCUGUUUGGAUUGUCGAUAUAAUAUGGAUGUACUUUAUGAUCUCAAACGCAUUUAUGAACACUUCAAAAAUCAGCCAGAGACCGAUGAAGACGAUAAUUCCUUAUCAGAUUUACAAAAGAUAAAAACCGACGUUAUAAAACGUAAAACAACAUCAUCAAAAUCUUUAAGAAGUUUAGAAGAAACAUUGAAUACUGAAAACAAAUCCAGCGCAACAAAGAAAAAAUCUAAAAAGUUAGCUUCAUUUGUCACAUCAAAAUCCAAUGAAAAUAGUCGUGAAUGCGAUGAAUGUCAUGAAAUAAUUAAAGCUAGUGUUGAUAUGUAUCGUUAUCAUCACUCGGGUAGUAGAGUUUGUAAAAAUUGUUGGUCUAAAACCGAUCCAAAUGAUAUACCAGUAAUGAAAAAACGAAAAAUCCAGCAAAAAUCAAAUACCAAUACUAAGCUAUGCAGUGUUUUUCUUGAAGAUAUAUUUUCCAAUCCUACGAAUAAUAAGAUCAAAAGUUUGAUGGAUAGAACUGAUGAUAGCGAGCAAAUGAAUGACAUGUCUGACUGCAGUAUGAGCGGAAAAAAGGCAAGAAAAAGUAUACGGAAUUCCCAAUUAAAAACAAAAGACAUUUCGAAGAAAGAAAAACCUUCAAAGAUAGUGAAAGUUGCAACUAAAAAAGAAGUUAAAAAUAAUGAACUAUCAAAAAAAAAUAAUCGAAAGAGUUGUUCGGAAAGCACUGAAGCCAUCUCAGAUAUCAGUAAUCGUGCUAAAGCAACAAAAAGUCGUUUAAAAGCAUUGCAAAAGAAAAAACGUGAAAUUUCACAAGCUAAAAGUGAAAAUGUUGAAAAAUCUCGAUUCGAGGAACGUCAUAAAAAAUUGCGAUUAACACGUCUCCGGAAUCGUUCAAAAAAUUCAAGUCCACCUUUGUCAACUAUUGAAACUUCGAAACCUAAAAAAAUGAAAAAAAAUGAGGACCUGAUCUCUAAUGCUGAUAGCGAUUCUGAAAGCAGUCGACCAUAUACUUGUAACGUUUGUAGCACAGAUUAUGAAAAUCGAGUAGAAGGUAUGAAACAUGAGUUAAGACACUCGAAAGAAUUAGGAGUUGUUUUGGAAAAAGUUGGUGAGUCAGAAAGUAAUGGAAAUGAUCAAAUAUCAAAUGAAGACAAAGUUGAUACAUCUGUUUCUGAAGCUUCAAAAAAUAUUAUCGAAAAUACUCCUGAUUUCAGUCCAAUGAUAUCUGACAAUGAUGAUAAUAGCAUUGGAAUAAAUAUUAAAACAAUUGAUUACAAAAUUAAUGACACUGUAGAAGCAAACGCUUUAACUCCAGAAACAAAAAUUGAUGAUUAUUCGUCUGAAGAUAUUAGUAAUAAAUGUUUAGCGAAAGAUGAUAUCAAUAAGGAUCAAUCUCAAGACAGUGUCAAUGAAAAUCAAUCCAAUCAACCCAAAGAUGUAAAUGAAGGUAACUCUGAAGAUAUUAUCAAAAAAAAUUCGUCUCAAAAUCAUCAUAAUGAAGAAUUAAACACAAAACAGGUCGAUUAUGAUGAACAAAAUGUUGUAGCUAGUGAACCAAGUUCCAUUGCCGAUGAAAGAAAUGUCAAUCUUGAUGAAAAAACUGCUAAUGUGGAAGAAGAAAAUUAUACAGCUAAAGAGUCACAUUUUGACGGUAAGAAGAUAGAUAUUAAUGUUGAUAACAAUGACUGUAACGAUUGUGAAAUAAAUGCAGAUCUAAAUGAAACAAAUCAAUCUUCUGAACAUGAAAUAAGUAACAAUGAAAAUAAAUCUAAAAAAAUUGAAACUGAAUAUAUAGAGAAAGAUAAUAGUUUCAAAGAUAACGAUGCGAUGAAUGAUGAAUAUUCUGUAAAUAACGGAGAAGAAAGAGAAAGCAGCAUUCAGCGACAAGAAGAUCCAGACUGUUGUACCACCGAGAAUCCCAAUGAGUCGAUCAGUGCAUCCGACAAAAAAGAUCAAGAGACAAGUUAUUCAAAUGAAAAUUAUGUUUCUACUACCACAGAAGAAAAUGAAGAUAGUCAAAGUAAAGAAGAAAUAAAUGAAACUAGCAGCAUUAAUACAGAAAAACAAUUAAAAUUAACAAGAGCUGAAAAUGAACAGAUGCUAAUUGACGAUAAGACAGAGUCGGAAAAUAGGUCAGAUGACUAUGAAGAUAAUUUGGUAAUAGACGAAAGGGUAGAUAAUUUAGAAUCUUCGGUAAAUAUUCACAGUGAGGAAAGUAAAAGUGACAAAAUUGAUAAAUUGCAAAAAAUUAUUGAUGCAAGCUUUGGAAAUUCACUUCAAGAGUAA